GUUAUCAAAUUACGGAUAGCUGUUUUAAGAUUAUUCCGGUUUAAAUCUCCUUACGUUAAUGUUUAUAGCGGCACAACGCGACUACAUCCAUAAUGUUAAUAAUUUCAGUAGGCCUAUGUGUUUUGUACCUAGCAUCACAAGUACACGCAGGUGUUGAUCUCAUUCCAUCUGAUGAUGAACAACUACUGAACACUAAAGUACAUGUAAAUGUCUCCCCUCCAUACAUCAUUAUUGGCCUGGCGACAGAAGUCACGGUGCAGUGUACUUUCAGAAGAGAUGAGUUACUUUCCAUGUCUUCCAUCGUAUCCCUGGUCAUCGCACGAGCAAACCAAACUGACCAACCACUAUUUCAUGACCUCGUCUCCAUCGAUGACGUAGACGGACACGCCCACAACCUCUCACAGGAUAUAAAAGUCGUAUCCGGAUCAAUAGACAACAAUGGCGAAUCCACCUUGCAGUUAAAGUUCAGGUACCCAGACUCUAACCUAACCGGGCUUUUCAAGUGUGUUGUGUCCGGCUUUGAUCAGAUUGGAAAACCAGUAACAGAGGACGCCUUCAUAGAUGUGCUACCUACAAGUGUGACCGAUCUAUUUGAAUUUAUCCAAACUGCAAAGUAGAACAUGAUUGCGUUAGAAAAGACAGUGAACCAACUGCAACAAUGUAUCGACAAAUUUGUGGUAUAUAAUAAAAGCGAGACAUUUCCAUCAAUGGCGUCUGACUUUUAUGCUUCAGACUUGUUUCAGGACCACAGAUACUAUCUCACGAAAGGCAUCGAGAUAUUCAAUUACACAGAAGCGCAAAGCGAGUGCGAAAGGUUUGGAGGAUAUCUCCUGGAACUUGAUUCCCACGAUGAGUUCCUCUUCGUUAAAAACUUCAUCUUAAAAAUUAGCACUAACAAAUCCGUGUGGACUGGAGCCACCGAUGACGGGCAUGAAGGAUUCUGGGUGAACCAGCAUCACGCCAGGGCAGGAUUGAGCUUUGACUGGUACAGAACGCAGCCUUCUCCUGGUCUGGGCUCCCACUGUCAGUGCUUCAGCAUCUGGUACGACUGGAAGCUAGAGGUCUGCUACUGUUACUACGAUAGCAAGCAACGCUUUGACGCAAGUUUCGUCUGCGAGAUACCUGAACCAAAGUGUUAGUAGAAAACAUGGAAUUUGUUAUACCUGAGAUUGUGUAUAACUUGACAUGGAAUGUGCCCAAAGCAUCGGAUGGUGAAUAAAUAACUUGACAAAGAAUAUGUUAUUCCGAAGCCUCAGAUUGUGUAUAACUUGACAUGGAAUGUGUCCAAAGCCUCGGAUGGUGAAUAAAUAGCUUGACAAAGAAUAUGUUAUUCCGAAGCCUCAGAUUGUGUAUAACUUGACAUGGAAUGUGUCCAAAGCCUCGGAUGGUGAAUAAAUAACUUGACAAAGAAUAUGUUAUUCCGAAGCCUCAGAUUGUGUAUAACUUGACAUGGAAUGUGUCUAAAGCCUCGGAUGGUAAAUAAAUAGCUUGACAAAGAAUAUGUUAUUCCGAAGCCUCAGAUUGUGUAUAACUUGACAUGGAAUGUGUCCAAAGCCUCGGAUGGUGAAUAAAUAACUUGACAAAGAAUAUGUUAUUCCGAAGCCUCAGAUUGUGUAUAACUGGACAUGGAAUGUGUCCAAAGCCUCAGAUGGUGAAUAAAUAACUUGACAAAGAAUAUGUUAUUCCAAAGCCUCAGAUUGUUUUUAACUUGACGAACAUAUACAUUACGCGAGACAAGCUAUUUAAAAUGUGUGGGACAGAAGUUGUAGUAGAUCGAUGAAUACAGGGCCGGAUUUAAGGUAGGGAAGACGGGGUUACAGCCCCGGGAAAUCCACAAGAGAGGGGCCUCCACCAAAAGCUAUAAUAGGCUAUAUCGAAUUUCUACAAAUCAGAACUUGAAUUUGUUCUCUAACAUUUAUUUUCGCAUAUUUACGGCAGGACAAACUGUCGGGAUUAAAAAGUGUACAACUAGAGUAUUGUUAGAUAGCUAGUUUAGUGUUUACUGACAGUGAACGGAUAUUUUAGAAUGACGACAUAGACUUUGGGGUUAGAGGUUAAGAUUAACGUGUAGAGAUCAGUUACCGCUAGAUUCUCAAGGGGAUAACAUCGUUCUAUAGUGACAGGCUAGAC